GUUGCAUACUUCUCGGCGCGUUCGGUACGCGAGCAGUUGGCAUUGAAACAAACAGUUGGAUAGAACUGAAAGUGAAAGAUAUUUCCAAAGCGAAUUGGCUCUAUUUUCCGCUUUUCCAGCAGCGCAUCCAAUUUCACGCCCGCCUAAAAGCUCGCCACGUCCAAUGCGCCCUCUGAGCGGCUUGCUAGCAGGGGCGCUGCUGCUGCUGCUCCUGCUGACGGCACCAUCGAGUGCGGCGGACACGGAGACGGAGGUGUCCGGCAGCCCACUGACGCCGGGAGCCGAUGAGACGCGCAGGGUGGUGAAGCGGGCGCCCACGUCCAGCUUCAUUGGGAUGCGCGGCAAGAAGGACGAGGAGCGCGACACCUCGGAGGGCAACUGGCUGGGCAACUCGGGGCCCGAUCCGCUAGAUUACGCCGACGAGGAGGCGGACAGCAGCUACUCCGAGAACGGGCGGCGACUGAAGAAGGCACCGCUUGCCUUUGUGGGCAUGCGCGGCAAGAAGUUCUUCCCGAUCAACAACCGCCUCUCCGAGGUGCUGCAGAGCCUGGAGGAGGAGCGGCUGCGGGAGAGCCUGCUGCAGGACUACUUCGACCGCGUGGGCUCAGCGGCGGGCAAGAGGGCGCCCACAGGAUUCACGGGCAUGCGAGGCAAGCGGCCCGCUCUGCUGGCCGGCGACGAUGACGCGGAUGCGGACGAGGCCACCGAGCUGCAACAGAAGCGGGCGCCGGUCAACUCAUUUGUGGGGAUGCGCGGCAAGAAGGACGUCUCCCACCAGCACUACAAGCGGGCAGCUCUCUCCGAUUUCUGGCACACUUUCUUUAAAAAGUCCUAUGACUUAAGGGGAAAGCAGCAGCGCUUCGCGGACUUCAACAGCAAGUUUGUGGCGGUGCGUGGCAAGAAGAGCGAUCUGGAGGGAAACGGCAUCGGAACUGGGAUUGGGGAGGAUCACGAGCAAUCUCUGGUUCACCCAUGGCUCUACCUCUGGGGAGAGAAGCGGGCGCCCAACGGAUUCCUGGGAAUGCGAGGCAAACGGCCAGCACUUUUCGAGUAGGCGGUGUUGAGCGAUUUGAAUGAUAUCGAUGGAAGUUCCUCUUAGAGCUACAAAACUAGAAAAGGCGAAAAUAGAUGGACGCAGGGGACCGGGAGAGCAGACUUGGAAACAGAAUGGAUCACAAGAGUGUUUCAAAUAAUCACUGGGCUGGAGAUUAUUUCAAACACGGACACACAAAAUUUCAGCUUAAUGUAUAACGAGACUUGCAAAUAAUUUAUUGUGAAUUUAUUUGAAAUUGAAUGAUGCUUCAAAGAUUGUGUGGGUGCAAUUGUACUAUUUGCAUAUCUAAGUGUAAACUUUUAAUCAAAAUUACGAUGAACAUUAAACUAGACGACGUUCAACUGCACAAGAAAACAGAAAAAUGGGAAAGUAUUUAUUAAUUUAAAUCAAAUAUAUUUAAAGAUACUUUUCAGUUGUGGUACAUCUACGUAUACAAGAUAUAUAUACACCUACAUUAA